UUUUUCCCCCGCCUCCAUUUUGUUCGCGGACGCUGGGGACGGUGGGAGCAGAUCCAUUUCCGGGUUGGCAAAAGGGGCGGCGGCGGCAGCGAGAAACAGAGCUUGCCGGGGGGAGAGCGGGACAGGACCAAGCCGGAGCGGAGGUGACGGAGGAUUCGCCCCCGGAGCAGCUGCGGCCAGGUAUAUGAGUGACGUAAAGCUGCAAAUAAAGACGGAGAGAGAGCAGUGCCAACUGGGAACAGGACAAGGAUGCCAAUUCCUCCUCCCCCUCCACCCCCACCUGGCCCUCCUCCCCCUCCCACUUUUAAUCAGGCAAACACAGAGCAGCCCAAGCUGAAUAGAGAUGAGCAGCGGGGUCGAGGUGCCCUAUUACAGGACAUUUGCAAAGGGACCAAGCUGAAGAAGGUGACCAACAUUAAUGAUCGGAGUGCACCCAUCCUCGAAAAGCCCAAAGCAAGCAGCGGCAGUUAUGGCUCUGGAGUAGCUGCGCUGCAGCCCAAGGGAGGGCUAUUCCAAGGAGGAGUGCCAAAGCUUCGACCUGUGGGAGCCAAGGACACUUCAGAGAACCUAGCUGGUAAGCCAGCCCUGCAAGUCCCCAGUUCUCGAGCUGCUGCCCCCAGACCUCCAGUGUCUACAGCCAGUGGACGUCCUCAAGAUGAUACAGAUAGCAGCCGGGCCUCACUCCCAGAACUGCCCCGGAUGCAGAGACCCUCUUUACCAGACCUCUCUCGGCCCAAUACCACCAGCAGUACGGGCAUGAAGCACAGCUCCUCUGCCCCUCCCCCACCACCCCCAGGGCGGCGUGCCAACGCACCCCCUGCGCCUCUGCCUGUGCACAGCAGCAAAGCCCCAGCCUACAACAGAGAGAAACCCUUGCCUCCGACACCUGGACAAAGGCUUCACCCUGGUCGAGAGGGACCUCCUGCUCCACCCCCAGUCAAACCACCUCCUUCCCCUGUGAAUAUCAGAACGGGACCAAGUGGCCAGUCUCUGGCCCCUCCUCCUCCGCCUUAUCAUCAGCCUCCUGGGGUCCCCAAUGGACCUUCCAGUCCCACUAAUGAGUCAGCUCCUGAGCUGCCACAGAGACAUAAUUCUUUGCAUAGGAAGACACCGGGGCCUGUCAGAGGCCUAGCACCGCCUCCACCCACCUCCCCCUCCCCCUCUUUACUGAGUAAUAGGCCACCUCCCCCAGCCCGAGACCCUCCCAGUCGGGGAGCAGCUCCUCCACCCCCACCACCCAUGAUCCGAAAUGGUGCCAGAGAUGCUCCCCCACCACCCCCACCAUACCGAAUGCAUGGGUCGGAACCCCAGAGCCGAGGAAAGCCCCCACCUCCACCCUCAAGGACACCAGCGGGGCCACCCCCUCCUCCACCACCACCUUUGAGGAAUGGCCACAGAGAUUCUAUCACCACUGUUCGAUCUUUCUUGGAUGAUUUUGAGUCAAAAUAUUCCUUCCAUCCAGUAGAAGACUUUCCUGCUCCAGAAGAGUAUAAACACUUUCAGAGAAUAUAUCCCAGCAAAACAAACCGAGCUGCCCGUGGAGCCCCCCCUCUGCCACCCAUUCUCAGGUGAAGCUUGGCUUGGUCCUGUUCCUCAGGAAAAAGAUAGACCUUCUCUUCUUCUCAGAUGGUCCCUUCCAUGCCCCCAGAAACCUGCAUGAGAGCUCCUAACAUGUUUCUCCAGUGCAACCAACCCUAAACACCAAGCAUCCUCCCGGCUCAUCUCCAUCUAUGCAUCUCAUCUCUGGACUUGGUGAUCGGACUCUUUAUAUUGAUAUGGGGUCUCAAACCCUGCAUCCAUCCUUCCUCUACCAAGCCCUGCUAGCCAGAUGAGGAAAAAGCUUCUGUGUCUCCUGCUUUCCUCUUGGGGAAAGGUGCCUUGUUGUGAUGAAUUAACUCAUUGCUGGGGCAGGGCAAUAUGAUACUCCUUCCUCCUCCUCCCCACUAUGGGGGAAGCCUGGCAGGUCUGUUAUAUUUCAUCAUUUAGCAGGGUAGCAUGGCUAGGGCUUCUAAGUGGGAAGGGAGCAUUUUUAGUGAAGCAGGAAAGGAGUUUGGAGAGAAGUGAUCUGUUUUAAAGAUCAAAUUUGGAGAAAGGGCAAGGACAUGGGUGUGCUUUAUUUUUAGGGGUAUUUUGGUUUUGUUCUCACCCUACCCCCACUCCAGGGAUAAGUUGGACAUAAACACUAAACACUAAUCAGUUGAACUAAACAUUUAAUAAAAAGAGAGGGUGAAAUGAAUCAUUUUAGAGCUAGUCAGUUCCUCUGCAGCAAAGGGACCAGAGCCAUUUGAGUCCCUUGGUAUUUCCUGCCCCAUUUUCUGAGGGGGCUAGGCUGAGGGAUUUUUCCUCCCUUUACUCCCCAUGCCCUCAACAGAAAAGUCACUUCUGGGAGCAUCAUUCAUUCCUGACUCACAAACCCCAAAAUCCUUUGGUGGGAGAGAGGAGGUAGGGCCUUGGCCUUAGCCUCAGACUUGAAUCUGCCUCAGUCUUUGCUGACUGGCCCUGAAAUGGUCAGUAGUUCUUUCAGUCCCUUAGCCCUUGGAGAAUGUUCCAGAUAGACAAACAAGGGAAGGGUAAGGCACCUUGUGGAAGGGCCUGGCUCUGUGGGCUACAGAAGACCUUAGCCUGUUGAUACUGAAGUUCGCAGACUGGAGUAAAGAAGGCUGAGGAAGUAAGUAGAAUGUAUGAGGAUAUUCAAAGAUUCCUUUACGUCAAGAAGCACAAAGAUAAUGGUGAGGUGUGCCUCAGACCAGUGCAUCUUCCUUGGCAGCCAGCAAUAUGUCGUUUCUUCGUCUUCCAGGUCCUAGUUAAAGAGCACAAAAAAAAUGGAGGUUCCUAGUUUAGGUAGGAACUCAGGAUGGAUGAGAAUACAGCAGGGAGAAGCUCUUGGGUUUGACACACCAGCUGCUUUGGUUUGCUACAGCUGUUGCCACAUGCAGAGGCAAAGCUUGGCAUGAAAGCAGGGAGAACAUGGUAUUUUUUUAAGUGGAUGGAGAAAAUUAGUUUAAAAUUUCAAAAGACACAAGCUUAGACUGCCUUUGGGAUCUUUCCAAUCUAUUGAGUCACAGGCUAAGGAUCUGUACAUGGGGCCAGGUGAAAACCAGGUCUUCCCAGGACCAGGUGAGGGAGGGCUCGACUUGGGUUAUCUGUAUGGGGUCUGCUGCCCUUUGCCAUCCCCUGGACCACAUUGACUUUUUAGACAAUCAUGAUUAAGUCUGUCACCAAACUUUUUCUAAUCAUGCUUUAUUUAUCAUUCUUCUUUUCAAGUCUGUUAGCAGUUACCUCCGAGAAGUAUCCGCAGUGUACUCAAGAGAGUACAGCUGAAGAGGGGAUGCUAGUGGAGGAUAAAGGAGAGGGGGCAAGAGUUGAUGCUGCAGCAGCGUUCCAGGGUAGAUGCUGACAAGUUACUGAACUUUGACUGUGAAGUCUUCCCAUUUAUUUUUGAAAUGGGAGUUGAUGCCUUUUACACCAUGUUCUCAAAGUGUGUCUCCCUCCACCCCUUACUCAUACAUAGAGCAUCAAAAUAUCACAAGUAAAGCCAAACCCCAGCUUUUCACUGGGGCUGCUAUCUUCCUCCCCAUAACCUGCUGCCCCUCAUACCCCCAGCAUUUGGACUGUGUCACAUGGGUAUUGAUUAUAUAUUUGUUGUCUUGGCCUCAUGAACAAAGGCCCAGGUCUAGAUCUAGUCAGAUGGGUUUUCCUUCUUCAGAGCAUGUUGAUGACACAGCCAUUGUUUAAAUGUCUUUGCCUUAUACAUUUGGUCCCACUGUUAAUAUUAGAUAUAUUAUCAUGUAUAUUUACUAUUGAAGAUGGGAAUGUGAUCCUCAUAGUUACUGGUCUAUUUUGUAUGUUGUAAAAAGCUUAUAAUAUAGGUUUAUGGUGAGUUGGCUACAAGAGCACUAAAACUACUCACCUUUUAAACUGCUCUUCUUAUUUGCUUGUGGGAAUGUCGUCUCUUCGGUGGAAGAUUGGGUGGUCUCAUGUUGAGGCUGUUGCCCAGUCCCAUUAACUCCCUUGUCCCCUCCUGGAUAGAAGAGACAUUGCCCAACUAAGCAUCAGGAAGCCCUUACGUGGGUUUGGUUUUGUGAUGUUUUUUCCUAGUGGGAAAAACUUAAUAGUUGUUUCUUAACCACCCUGUCUGGGAAGCAGGGCAGUGGCCUCGAAGUUUUUAAAUGAGCUAGGUGCCCCUCUUCCCUCUCUUCUCUAGUCACCAAACCUGGACCAAAGCACUUUGAUAUUCCAGGUGUGGUUUUCUCUGUCAUGGGGAUUUGCUUCAGCUGCAGUGCCCUAUUAUUUUCACAGCCUAGGCCAGCAGUGUGAGGGCCUAGGGCUACCCCAUCCAAUGAAUGUGAGGCUGCUGUCUCUAGGAAUUCAUCUCAGCUCUCUCAGCAGGCCGAGGCAAAGAAACUAGUCACUGGCCCUUGCCCUGGGGGAAUCCCCUAAACCCCAUGGCUUCCCAACUUGAAAUCGUGAUUUACCUCCAGGGAAAGACGAGAAAAAAAAAUUGUAAAUAGACUUGCUACAGAGCAACUCAGGGUUGGGGUGUGUUUUAAUUCUCCUGAUCACUUGAAAUAAUCUGUAGGCUGGGUGCUUCCUCCUGGGGGAGGAAUGUGGCUCCAGUGUUCUUCCCUUUGUGCUCUGGGGGUCGAGUGUAGGGCAUCUGAGGCCCUUUGUCACUACACUGAGCUGUGUUCUACUGGAAACCCAACCUGAGAUCAACUGCAGAUCAGAUUCUUCACAUUCCAAUUGCAGUUUUUCUUCCCCUGUUGAAUCUCAGCCCCUAGUUAAGUUGUCACAGUAGCCUUCUGUUAAGCCACCCUAAUUUGGGGAAUGUGAAGGGAGAGAAGAGGGCCAUUACAGCUCUACCUUCCAGAAUUAUCUCUUAAAACAACCACCUUCAAAACCACAUGCAAAAAAAAAAAAGAAAAAGGAUAACCAUUUAACUGAAGGAAAGGUUUGGUUCCAUUCAACUUCCACCUUCAUUGUGCCUUUAUUUGUGUUAGUUUUCUGUGCUUUCUUUCUCUCCUUUGAAUCAAUUAAAAUCUUCCUUGGUAACUGCUGUUUCCUUCUUUCUACUCUUGUUUCUGACAACUUAGUGAGUUCAUUCUCUUCAUGGUCUUAAAUCUCAUUCCACUGGUGGCAGAGGGGCCUCACUGCCUUUUCUCAUGUCUCACCUUUGUCCUUUUCCAUGGUCCCCAGCAUGGAAGUCACAGUCAACACUGAAUAAAAGACUAGAAUGACACACGUGUGUAUAUGUAGGUAUGUAUGUGUUCAUGUCUGCAUGUGGAUCAGUUUCCUUCCAAAAAAAUAAUUUAUUGUACAAUUUAUUUUAGAAUUCUGAUUACAGUGCUCCUUUCAAAUAGCAUUGAUUUUUUUUUUUUCCUCCUUCUAAAAUGUAUAAUCUGGUCUCAGGUUGGAUCCUUUGGUACAUUUCUUUCUUCUGGAUGCCAUGAAGUUUAAUUAAACCUUGCUCAAAAACAAAAACAAAAAACUGAAAACUGUGUACUCUUGUCUGGAAUACAGCCUCAACUGGUGGCCUAGAGAGGGUAGAAAAUCUGUUGCCUCAUUUUCUGGGUAAGUGUAGUGAUGUGAUUUCAGGUCCCCUCAAAAAAGUAGAUGUUCUGAUUUGGGCAGAAUCAUCUGCAGUUGCAUGAGGAUUUUCUCUCCUCCCCUUGAAAAAUCGUAUUUCUAGUUAGCCUUGCUGACCAAGAGAUUUGGACAGUUCUUGUAUUUCCACCUAACUCUCCUUUGCUCGUGAUUUCAGGGAACUCAGGAGGCCUCCUGGCCUUGUGUCCUUUUCCUCAAUAUCCCUCAAUUCUUUCUACCUUGCAUGGCAAGUUCUCAAAUUAAGGAAUGGAAGAAAAGGUGGGGGCAGAGCAUACAGACUUUAUGCAUCUAUUUUUAUAUGGGUGUUAGCUGUUUUUCUUCGCUGCUUUUUAAAAGUUGAAAUCUUAAGUUGUUUUUCUUGAUCUUUGACUUUUGGUGUAAAAAUUCAACCAGACAUUCUGUGCUUACUGUGGUCAGCUGACAUAAUAACCACUAAAAGGCUUAAUGAGCUUAAUUUGUAUUUUCCAUCACUAGUAAAGGUCUUGAAAUUAUUUCCCAUACUGACUCUUAAUGGGUGUGUAUAUGACUCACUCGCAUAAUUUAGAUAUAAAACUCUGUGAGGGUGCGGGAGGGGGGAAAAGAUUCCUUUCAUUUUCAUCCAUACUUUACCAGACUGGCUGAAUCCCUGAUUAUUUGACCCAUUGUUGUUAUUAAUAUGAUUAAUAAAGCUACCUAUUUAUUGA